AUGAGUGCGCCCCUUUCCCCCGCCUCUCGUCUUCUCCCCGCGCGCCAUUUCGCCUCUCGUCUUCCCGCCGCUCGCUCCCCCUUCCCCCACUCCACUCGCUCCUGCUCUCGCAUUCGGAUCGCACUCGCCGCUGACACACUUCCACCUCUCGCCACUUGGGAUCAGCUGAUUCUCACGAUCGUGGUGGGGUCGCUCAUUGUACUGGCAGUCGCGAUUCUCAUCGGCCUCUUCGUGUUCUGGAAACCGGCUCCCCCUCCUCAAGGCAAGUGGAAGCACCACGUGGACGGCCAGCAGAACAAGCCGCGGCGCGUGCUGCGCAUCGGGUCGCAGAAGUACACCAGCAGCGCCGCCGACACCGACUUCUCGCUGCCAUCGCUGCCCUUCAAUGACAUCCAGGUUGCGACGAACAACUUCGACGAGGCGGGGACGAUCGAGGCGGCGGGGUACAGCAGCGUGCAUCGCGGCGAGGGCCCCGACGGCCGCGCGUGGGCCGUGAAGCGCGCCAAGAAGGUCUCCAUUGAGGGCUCGCACCUCUUCAAGAGCGAGGUGGAUUUUCUGUCGCAGGUGUCGCAUCCGAAUUUGCUGCAGCUGCUGGCGUUCUGCGACGACAACAACGAGCAGAUCCUCGUCUUCCCCUUCAUGGCCAACGGCGCGCUCAGCACCUGGCUCCGCCCCUCACCAGACCAGCCGCGGCCGGCACUGACGUGGGAGCAGCGGCAGCGCAUCGCGCAGGGCGUGGCGUUGGGGUUGCAGUACCUGCACUCGUUCAGCAACCCUACCAUCAUCCACCGCGACGUCAAGAGCGAGACCAUCCUGCUCGACGAACAAUUCGACGUGAAGGUGGGCGGGCUGGGGCUGCUGAAGCACCUGCCGGGGGAGGCGAUGCGGCUGCGCAUGGCGCGCAAGAAGGGGUACCUAGACCCCGAGUACUUCCAGACCUUCAAAGUCACCACCAAGUGCGACGUGUACAGCUUCGGCGUGGUGCUGCUGGAGCUGCUCACGGGGAAGCCGCCCAUCCUCGUCGACCCGCACCAGGACGCGGCGCAGCAGGGGCAGGCGGUGGCGCAGAGCCAGAGCCAGAAGCAGCCGGGGAAGAACCGCCCGCCCACGCGCUUCUCCUCCCUGGGCUCCGCUCCGCGCCCCUCCGCCACUCCGCUGCUCACGCUGCCCCAAUGGGCGCUGAGCAUGAUAGACGAGGGCAAGAUACACCAGCUAGUGGACCCGCGUCUCCCGCAAGCCACGCCCGUCGAGGAGCUCCAGGCCUUCGCGCGCGUCGCCGCGUCCUGCGUGUCCCCCCUGCGGCGCGACCGCCCGGACAUGCCGCGCGUGGUGGCGAUGCUGCAGGACGCGUGCCGCACGGGCGCGCUGGUGCGCUUCACCUCGGGCAACUUCUCCCUCGUGCGCUCGCUCAGCAUCCCCGACACCCCUGCCGCCUCUCUCAAGCCCAGCCCUUGA